CCUAACAGUUUGGGGGGCGGGUGGGAGGAACCGGAGGUUUUUUUCCUUUCCCCCCCGGAGCAGGUUGGGGGGCAGCGAGCGGAGGAAGGAUCCGCACCCCGGGCGCAGGUCGCGCACACACACGUCCUUUGAAGGAGAGGAAACCCGUGCACCGCGGGUCCGGGAAGCUCGCCGGCUGCAGGGGCUCCAGCUGUGGAAAUGGCUCAGAUCAGAUGGGGCUUCCUCCUCGUCCUCGCUGCCUGUGCACUUUUGUCACCAGCGCUCGCUGCCUCCGAAAAGGGCAGGCUGAGGAGGAUCACGUACGUCCUGCAGCCCGGCCGGGGGGGCUCCUCUGGCAGCCGGCAUCAGCGUCCGACCCUCCUCGGGGGGGAGCAGCAGCCGCAGCAGCGCACGUUUAACGUACAGCUGAACACGCGCUACAGCGGCGGCGGCGGCACCCUGGAGCGGAGCCGGCGGAUGAGCAAGCCGGGCGGCGCGGGCGUCCAGCUCCGCUUGGGCCCCGCCGGGCAGGUCCACCCCAACUCCGCCGCUCACGCCUCCUCCUUCGCCAAGCCGGCCCGCUUCGGCCCGCGGCCCAAGCCGCCGCCGGGCCCCCACGGCAACAGCAGCGCCGGCCUGCCCCUCCGCCAGAAGCACCAGCUGCCGCCGCUGCCAGGGGUCAAUGUCUGCGGGGGGCAGUGCUGCCACGGCUGGAGCAAGGCCACGGGCUCCCAGAGGUGCAUCAAACCUAACUGUGCACCACCAUGCCAAAAUGGAGGGAUGUGCCUGCGACCUCAGCUUUGUGUGUGUAAACCAGGAACAAAAGGUAAUUCCUGUGAGGAUACAGUCAUGCAAGACACAUCUUCCACUGGAGGCCGGAGCCCUGUUGUUCCCCCGUGGCCCAUACCCCAGCAGGCUGCUCAGCAGACCUUCUCUCAGAAGGGGCAGGUCCCACCGAAGGUUGGCCCUAUGACUCAGAUGGCAUUCACCAUCAAGCAGAAGCCUCCUGUUGGGUUACCUCAGCAAAUGCAACCACAGAUGAUACCCCUUUCAUCUCAGACACUGAUGAUGAAUCUUCAUCAUGGCCAAACACAGGAAUAUGUGAUCAAACCCAAAUAUUAUCCAGUAAAAAAAGUGAUUUCAGGACAACAGUCCACUGAGGCCUCAUUACCACUGAGACUGGGCCAGGAUCAGCUUGCAUCACCUUUUCAAUUGGGAAAUCACACUGGUCGCAUCAAGGUGGUCUUUACACCCAGCAUCUGUAAAGUGACUUGUACCAAAGGCAACUGUCAGAACAACUGUGAGAAGGGAAAUACCACCACCCUCAUUAGUGAAAACGGCCAUGCUGCUGACACUCUGACAGCCACUAACUUCCGAGUAGUUAUUUGCCACCUUCCAUGCAUGAAUGGAGGCCAGUGUAGUUCUAGAGAUAAAUGCCAGUGCCCUCCUAAUUACACUGGUAAACUUUGUCAGAUCCCUGUGCAGACUGCCAGUACUCCAAAACUGUACCAUCACCCACAACAGGUGAACAAGGCUGUAGGAUCACAAAUUAUCCACUCUACUCAUACUUUACCACUGACGAUGUCUGGACAGCAAGGUGUAAAAGUGAAGUUCCCUCCUAACAUAGUGAAUAUCCAUGUGAAACAUCCCCCUGAAGCCUCUGUUCAGAUCCAUCAAGUUUCAAGAAUUGACAGCACAUCAACAGGACAAAAAGCAAAAGUACCUCAGCCAGUACAUCCACAGGUCUCUUACCAAGGUCUUCCGUAUCAGAAGACUCAGAAAGGACAUCCUACUUACACAAAUCAACAACCCAUUCCUCAUAUGUUUCCUGUUUCAGUUAAAACUCAGCUUGGGCGCUGCUUCCAGGAGACUAUUGGGACACAGUGUGGCAAAGCACUUCCUGGCCUUUCCAAGCAAGAAGACUGCUGUGGAACCGUGGGUACUUCCUGGGGUUUUAACAAAUGCCAGAAAUGUCCCAAGAAGCCGUCUUACCAUGGAUACAGUCCUAUGAUGGAAUGCCCACAAGGCUACAAGAGGAUCAAUGCUACAUUUUGUCAAGAUAUCAAUGAGUGUCAGUUACAGGGAGUAUGUCCUAAUGGUGAGUGCUUGAAUACCAUGGGCAGCUACAGGUGUACCUGCAAAAUGGGAUUUGUGCCGGAUCCUACCCUGUCAAGAUGCAUACCUGAUAAUCCUAUAGUUGCUGAAGAGAAAGGACCCUGCUACCGGUUUGUUAGUGCGGGAAAGCAAUGCAUGCAUCCUCUUUCUGUUCAGCUCAGCAAGCAGCUUUGCUGUUGUAGUGUUGGCAAAGCCUGGGGCCCGCACUGUGAGAAGUGUCCACUUCCAGGAACAGCUGCUUUUAAGGAAAUCUGCCCUGGUGGAAUGGGUUAUACGGUUUCUGGCCCUCACAGAAACAAGCUAUAUCAUCACCCUGCAGUUAGAGUACAGCCACCUGUCAUUGGCAAGACCCCGAUUACUCAACCUGUUGCUAAAGGUACUUCUCCUCCACCUCUCCCAGCAAAGGAAGAGCCAGUGGAGGCACUGACCUUCUCACAGAAAAGUGAGACUGAGAUGGCUGUGCAAGAAGUGGCAACUGCAGCCCCUGAUCAGGAAUUAGCUUCCCUUGAUCAAGAAAAGCAGCCUGAUCUAGAGCCUGGGCAGCCUCAGCUUUCUCCUGGAAUUUCAACAAUUAACCUGCAUCCACAGUUUCCAGUAGUGAUUGAGAAAACAUCUCCUCCUCUGCCUGUUGAAGUUGCUCCUGAAGUCUCUACUUCGAGUGCAAGUCAAGUAAUUGCACCUACUCAAGUUACAGAAAUCAACGAAUGUACAGUUAAUCCUGAUAUCUGUGGAGCAGGACACUGUGUUAAUUUGCCUGUGGGAUACACUUGCAUCUGCUACGAGGGGUACAAACUUAACGAUCAGCAGACAAAGUGCUCUGAUAUUAAUGAGUGUAAUCAGGCACCCCAUCUCUGUUCCCUUGGACGCUGUGAAAAUACAGAAGGAAGUUUCCUAUGUAUUUGCCAAGCUGGUUUCAUGGCCAGUGAAGAUGGAACCGACUGCGUUGAUUUUGAUGAAUGUUCAAGACCUCAUACUUGCGGGGAAGGCUUUUGUAUAAAUACUGUUGGCUCAUACAGAUGUGAAUAUUGUGAUAGUGGAUACCAAAUGAACAGGAGAGGUGAAUGUGAAGACAUUGAUGAAUGCCUGACUCCAACUACUUGUCCAGAUGCGCAGUGCAUUAAUGCUCCUGGCUCUUACCAGUGCAUUCCUUGCAGAGUGGGAUUCAGAGGCUGGAAUGGACAGUGCCAUGAUAUAGAUGAAUGUCAGUAUGGCAAUCUCUGUACAAAUGGACGUUGUGAAAAUAUGGAGGGGUCUUUCAGAUGUAUUUGUGGCCAAGGUUUCAGACUCUCUGCAUCAGAAGAUCAGUGUGAAGAUAUAGACGAAUGCCAGCACCGAUCACUCUGUACAAAUGGACGCUGCAGGAACACAGAAGGAUCUUUCAGAUGUAUUUGUAGCCAAGGCUACACAUUAUCAUCUACUGGAGAUCAGUGUGAAGAUGUUGAUGAAUGCCUUCAAGACAGUGAUAUUUGCCUUGGAGGAAACUGCAUGAAUACUGACGGGUCUUACAAAUGCACUUGUCCAGAUGGUUUCCAGCAGAUAGCGAGUAGGGGAUGUCAAGAUAUCAAUGAAUGUGAGAGAUCUGACCUCUGUUCACCUCACGGGGAGUGUCUAAACACGGAUGGUUCCUACCAGUGCAUAUGUGAGCAGGGCUUUUCUGUGUCUGCAGAUGGCCGAACAUGUGAAGAUGUUGAUGAAUGUGCAAACGGCACAAUAUGUGGCAGUCACGGGUUCUGUGAAAAUAUGGAUGGCUCCUACCGCUGCCUCUGUUACCAAGGGUAUCAGGACCCACAGGAUGGGCAAGGGUGUACGGAUGUGAACGAAUGUGAAAUGCUGAGUGGAGUAUGUGGCGAAGCCCUCUGUGAAAAUGUCGAUGGUUCUUUCCUGUGCCUGUGCUCUGAUGAAAACCAGGAGUAUGAUCCGAUGACCGGACAGUGUCGCUUCCGUGCCUCACCAGAAUUACCCAUAGAGGCUGAUCAACAUGAAGAUGGAAAGAAGGAGUGCUACUACAAUCUGAACGAUGCUAAUUUCUGUGACAAUGUGCUUACAUCCAAUGUAACCAAACAAGAAUGCUGCUGUACCUUGGGUGCUGGCUGGGGGAUAACUGUGAAAUCUUCCCAUGCCCUGUCUUUGGAACUGCUGAAUUUACUGAUUUGUGUCCUGAAGGAAAAGGUUUCAUUCCCUCUGGAGAAUCAUCUUACGGGCUUCUUGCUCAGAAUUACAAAGAUGCUGACGAAUGCCAACUCUUUGGACAAGAAAUCUGUAAAAAUGGCUUCUGUUUGAAUACACAGCCAGGUUAUGAGUGCUACUGCAAACAAGGCACAUACUAUGACCCUGUUAAGCUCCAGU